UCCUCACGGCCGAGCCACUCUGCUCAUUCUGCACAGCAGUGGCGCACCCUGCAGUGAAGACAGGGAAUGACUGGAGACCCGCGGCGGUCCCAGCCUCCCUGCUCCUGCAGCUGGAGCUCAGCCGGAGUCUGCACGGCCAGAAGAAACCCCGGGUGGCGCUUUCUGAUCCUGCUCUUUACUGUAGACUCCCCCAGGCUGCGGUCCUCCAACCCUCUCUGCAACACAUUCAUUCACUCCUCCAGGCUGCGGUCCUCCAACCCUCUCUGCAACACAUUCAUUCACUCCCCCAGGCUGCGGUCCUCCGACCCUCUCUGCAGCAACAUUCAUUCACUCCCCCAGGCUGCGGUCCUCCGACCCUCUCUGCAGCAACAUUCAUUCACUCCUGCACCUGGAACGCUGCUCACUGUUCCCUCCAGGAACAUCCUCCUCUGCUGAAUCCUGCCCAUCCGUUAGGGUCCCCGUUCAGAUUCCACCUUCACCAGGGAGCCUCCCAGAUUUCUCCCUCCCCCGUGCUCCCCAAAGGGGAAGGAAGGGGAAAGGAGGUACAGUGCUGAGCACUGUUUCAGGCACUUCGUGUGUUAAUCUGAGGCAGGUGUUUUUACUUCAGAGAAGGAGUGUGAACAAGGUCAGGUCAUCAGGAAUUGGUGGUGGGGUUCGAGCCUGCCGGUCUGCCUUCAGAACACAGCUUUCCGACCUGCCACAAGCGUGGGCUGUUAGUAAAUUCACUUCUUGGAAAUGGUGUUUUGCAGACAGGAGCCUUUUAGUGAAACGACAGUGAAUUCUCUUGCUUCCCUGGCUUCUCCAGUAUCUGUGACAGGAUUCUCUCUGCGUUAACCACAUAGGAAUUGAGUGGACUGGGGCCGGAGGUAGGCAAGCGGAGAGCGGUGAGCUCCCUGCCUCCCACGUGUGGGUCCCUGGAGCUAAGCAGAGCUGCCCGCCUGACAGCGCCCCUUGCUAGAAAGGAUCCUGCGGUGUGUGCACAGAAUCCGAGUGUUAGAGCUGGAAGGGAUUCAGAAAUCACCUAGUAGCUCUCAGACACUUCGCUGUGGGCCCCUUUGUUAAAAAUGGCUCUUUCUAGAGGUAAUGUAUUUCAAACAGUUGCGGUAGGGACCGACAGCCCCACUCCCACACAAACACCUCCUACAAACCCCUGGAAAUGAGGGGUGCCGUUUGGAAACCGGACAGUGCACCCCUUCGUUUUACAGAUGAGGAACGGUUAAGUCCGGGUGUAGUGACCGAGGCUCCCCAGUCCCCACGCCGCUUUCCUGCAGGGGCUGUUGUGGGCAAAGCGCUGAGCCGGGUGCUGUGAGGACGAGUGGGAAUGAGCCCGUCCCACCCGCUCGGCUCACGACGGAGGCUGGGAACAACCUGGCGACGAAAGGAGCGCACGCACUAAACCACCACUUAGGGCUUCCCUCUUGGUUUCUGAGACCGAGGGACGACAAGCUCGCGUCCUUCGGAGCAGCGAGGGGCGGGGCGUGGAGGGGCGGAAGCAGGCUGAAGUUGGACCCAAGUGGGAAGUAACGCCCGGCAACACCACACCGAGGCCCGACGCAUCCCACUCGGAGAAGGGGUGACCGAGCUGAGCAGCUCUCCACGGUGUUCAGUGGCGUUGUGGACUCAUUCCCCUCCGCCUGCCAGGGUCCCACCGUCUGCGGGCGGCGGGCCGGAAGGGGCGGGGCUUGUGGCGGAAGUCCCUCGGCCAGCGCGCGUCACGUGGGAGGACUGCUGGGCGCGGAGCGCGCACUCAGGAAGCAUGGCGCUGUGGCGGGCAUACCAGCGGGCCCUGGCUGCUCACCCGUGGAAAGUCCAGGUCCUGACGGCUGCUGGUGGAGAAACGCGGUCUGCGGGAACACCAGACCGGCCGGACCCUGACCAUGGUAUCUCUGGGCUGUGGCUUUGUGCUCCUCUGUCUGGGGCUGACUUUCAGGGCCCGGUAGUAGGAGGCUGGUAUAAGGUUCUGGAUCGGCUCAUCCCAGGUGGCACCAAGGUGGAUGCCCUGAAGAAGAUGCUGUUGGAUCAGGGGGGCUUUGCCCCAUGUUUCCUAGGCUGCUUCCUCCCUCUGGUAGGGACACUCAAUGGACUGUCGGCCCAGGACAAUUGGGCUAAGCUACAGCGGGAUUAUCUUGACGCCCUCAUCACCAACUACUACGUAAGAGCUGACACACUCACAGCCUGUCCUGUUGCCUUAAGUUCAGAGAUGCCCUGGGGGUCCUUCCAACCCAAGAACCCCUCCAUUGGGGUUCCCAUUGGCUGCGUGGGCACCAUGCUCAGGGAAGCACUCAGCAGGUUUUCAGCUGUUACUGGCGUGCAGAAGUUGGGGCAGGGGCAGGGCCAGGUUGGCCGUUGUCCAGUGUGUUGCCGUCAUCUGGAACUCCUACCUGUCCUGGAAGGCACACCAGCUCUAAGCCUGCCUUGCUCCACUAUUGAUUUAUCAGAGCCGGCACUGUGGCAGAGAGGGUUAGGCUGCCGCCUGCAGUACCGGCAUCCCAUAUGGGCACCGGUUCGAGUUUCGGCUGCUCCACUUCUGAUUCAGCUCUCUGCUAAUGUGCCUGGGGAAGCAGGAGAAGAUGGCGCAGGUGCUUGGGCCCCUGCACCCACGUGGCAGACCCAGAAGAAGUUCUGGCUCCUGGCUUUGGUCUGGCCCAGCCCCGGCCAUUGCAGCCAUCUGGGAAGUGAACCAGCGGAUGGAAGACUUCUCUCUCUGCCCCUUCCUCUCCCUCUCUGUAACUCUGCCUUUCAAAUAAAUAAAUAAAUCUUAAAAAGCG